GCUUACGGCCGCCGCUGCCGUAUUCUGCCGGGCUCCUGGGACGGAGACCUAGAGGCCGUCCGGUUGUGCCUGGGGUGAAGGCCAGGACUCUGGGCGGGGAUGAAACACGCUCCCGGUGGAGGCAGGGGAGCCGCGCGGAGCCAUGGCCAGUACAGUGGUAGCAGUUGGGCUGACCAUUGCUGCUGCAGGAUUUGCAGGCCGUUACGUUUUACAAGCCAUGAAGCAUAUGGAGCCUCAAGUAAAACAAGUUUUUCAAAGCCUACCAAAAUCUGCCUUCAGCAGUGGCUAUUACAGAGGUGGAUUUGAACCCAAAAUGACAAAGCGGGAAGCAGCAUUAAUAUUAGGUGUAAGCCCUACUGCCAAUAAAGGAAAGAUAAGAGAUGCUCAUCGACGAAUUAUGCUCUUAAAUCACCCAGACAAAGGAGGAUCGCCUUACAUAGCAGCCAAAAUAAAUGAAGCUAAAGAUUUACUAGAAGGUCAAGCUAAAAAAUGAAAUAACUGUAUGAUGAAUUUUAAGUUCAUAUAAAUAAAUGAGUACCAACUUUUUAUAAUAAAAUGCCUCAAAUAAAGUUUU